AUGAAGCUCGAUAUCUUCGAGUGCACAUCGAGAUCUGCCGUCGUCCCCGUCUACCGCUGGGAACACGACGCCUGUGCCGUGCAGUCGGCGCAGUCCAAGGACAGCUUUGCCAUGGUGGGAGCGAGGGAUAUGUUCCUCGACGUCAAGUGCGACGCGCCUCUCCACACAGCACCCAGCGGCACGACGGCGAAGACGGACUGGAGAAACCGGGGUCCGAUUCGCUGGCAUGAGUCUCCCCGCCCGGCGCCAUCGGUCAGCUACACCCUCGUCGCGCGCAUCCAGUGCCAGGAAGAAGGCGACGCGACGCUGCGCUACGUCGAGGCAAAGCAAGCCGUUACUUUGCUUCCCGUCUCCGACGUCGAGCCGCCGACGUGCGUUAACGACUUUCUCGGGGAGUUCGUGCUGAGCGAAAGCCACGGCGCUGCGGAAGCACAGGCUCGGGACCCAGCUCGGCCAUCUGGUUGUGACAGGGUGCGAGCCGCCGCCGCUCGUCUACUCGUCGCCUGGCGCCGCUGGCGCGUCCACGGAGUGCGCAGUAUCUGUCGCCCUCAAAGGGCAGCGCUUAUCGGCGCCCUCAAGUGGGAAUACGCGCCCGCAGGCGACCUCGUCUGCGGCGCCUCGCUUGUCCCGUCGGGCUCCACCGGCCACGGCCAUGUGUGGCGCGCACGCCUGACCCUGGCCGUCAAGCCGCCCGAGACGCUGCCGCCGGCCUUUUGCGGCACCCUCAUCGCGCGGUUGUAUUCCCUGCUCGUCAUCGUGCGCGUGCCGGGGGCGCGCGGCAAGAAGUGCGACCUGGAGCUCCCCUCCCAGGUGGUACACCAGGGCGACGACUCGAGCGAUCCGUGUACGACACCCGCGCCGCCGGUUGGUGGUUGCAAGGGGCCCGGCGCGCUGCUGGGAGAGCAAGCGGAGUUGCCCGAGUACGACGACAGAUGGACGGAGGCUUCGUGGAGACGCGUUGAACGGACCCGACGUUGAUUUUGAGACCACCAGGUGGAACCGAAUUGUGUAGACGGGUGGGAUGAUUGUGUUUUGUGGGUGCACAGCAAGGACAGCUCCGGGCCCAGACCCUGCAGUGGGCGGGAAAAUUUGCCGCAGGGAAAACACACCCAGGUAAUUUACCUAGUGAUUCCCCAAGUCCGGCACAUAUUUGAUUUAGCGUGCCAAAACAGAGAUUGGAUGGUGCCCGGUGGGCUUCGUGACAAAAUCGUGCAGGAUAUGCAUUCUUGCCCACGCCGCUUGCAGACAUCGGAGCCUGAGAUAAGUGAGCGAGCA